AUGUGCCCCCCUGUGAGUGUGCGCCAUGGGAGAGAGGGCAUGGCCUACCUUUAUGCGUCCUGGAUGUACCAGCUGCUCCACGGAGAACCACUGGGUCUUUGCUUUGCCUGCUUCAAGGUUGCCUUUCUGGACCUUAAAGACACCCUGGAGUCGGAUGACGAGGGAGAUGAAGACUGGGACCCUGAUCCCCUGGAAUCUCCUGCGGUAGGGCCUGAGCAGGGGGGGCCAACCUGGCCAGGGCCUAGCUGGGGACUUGGCUCUGGGCAGCCUGCAAUGGGGGGUGCUGAGUUUGGGGGGCCAGGGCCCCUGGCAUCUGUUCCGGGGGAGUUGGGUGCAGUGGGCCUGGACCACCCCUUUGUGCCAACUGAGCUGGGGCCUGAGGAGGCAGUGCCUCUGGAUCUGGGCCCAGAGGAUGAUGACUGGACCCAGGCCCUUCCCUGGAGAUUUUUGGGGCUUCCUCCCUGCUCACACUGGCCACAACCCCCAAUCCCACGGCCAUGUUUUUUCAACACGGACUUACCCUCCAGGGAGCCCAUGAUGUUGGAGGUGGUCACCAACCUGCCAGUGGACCCUGUGGAGAUGAAGGCCUGGUUUUUAGGCCUGCAGAUUUUCUCCAUGGUGGGCCACUAUGAUGCCACCUACUUCAGGAAGAUGAUUCCAGGCUGUGUUCUGAGGGCUUCAGACCAGCACUGGAAAGUCCUGCUGAGUGCUGGUGAGGUAUGCACUGUGAAGCUCCAAGAUGCACCCCAGCAGCCUGACCUGCCUGGGCAGAAGCUGAGCAUUCUGGAGACCACAGAGUUCGGGGUAGAGCUAGUCCCUGCAGACAUUGUCCUGCAGAAGAAAGGGUUCAAAAUCAUUUCCUAUUCACUCUGUAGAAAGGGGGAGGCAGAAGAGGGGGGCUCAGCCUCUAAGCCAAAGUCCUCCACCCAAGGACAAGAUCCUGGCAUUGCUGAGAACUGGAGCACCGGGCCUGGGGGGUCUGGGGAGAGGCUCAAUGUUGUGGAAGCCUCAGCCCCAGAGCAGCUGCCCUGCUUCCAGUCCCUUAGCCCUGGGCCCCAGAAUGGAGGGCCUGAGGCCCAGGCAGCCACCACUGUCCUGCCUGCUCCAGAACACCAGGGACCAGGAAGUUCCAACAACAGCUCCUCUCCAGCAGUAGUGGAGCAGUUGGCACAGGAUGGGGACCUUCACUGA